ACAACUGAUGUUCACCUUCGUACUCUGGGGUUACGUCAUAGAAACGACUAAUUUAAAAUUACGAAUUAUGCCCUGGCUGUCCGAAUUGGUAGGAACCAGGGAGGGCAUAUCCAUAGUCGCUUCGGGCAAUGAAAACGUGGCCGAGAUGUACAAGACCCUGAUGACCAUUUACUUCUUAAACGGGGCCCUAAUGGUUACGUACAACAAUCUGCACCAUGCAGACGUAACGUUCAUAAAGCUAUGGAACCAGAUGCAUUCCACCUGCAAGAAUGAGUUCAUAAUUAGCAGGUUGCAAGUUUGGAUACUCUUCGCGGGGUUCCCCCUUACGAUUUUUGGGCUAGUAGGGCCAGUUUGCCAACGUUUACUGACUUCUUUCGGAGAGUUCAGGAGGAAGGUGGGCCUGCUGGUAGCCCUUUAUGCCUCUGUAAUCAUGCCGUUCGGAUUCAUCAACAAUACGAUGAUUCACGUGCUCUCUCUUCUGUACUUUUUGGCCAUUACCAGCCGAUUGAAGCACUUGCUGCAAGAACUAACCGAUGAGGUGAAGGCACUCGGGGCCAACUUGGAUUUGAUUAAUUUGGAAGCGAUCCAUCGACGUCAUUUUGAUCUGUCCACCAUGAUUAGGAUGGCGGAUAAACACUUAGCGUGUUACAUAUUCGUCAUCUAUGCCUCAUUCAUCCCCACCAUGUGCAUGGUGCUCUACCAUUACCUCUUCCUAGCCACAGAUAUUUGCUCCUUCCUCAUCAUGACCACAUUUAUCGUCAUGAUAUUCGGAACGUUCAUGAUCGUGAUGCUAACUUUGGCAACUACUUCGACAGUGGCGAUGAUCUUUAUGGAUCAACUGGAAAAACCCAAUGGAUACACGUGUUUAGAUCUGUUUGUAUUCAGUAAAAAGUCCAUUUUGAGCGUGAGUAAUCCUGAUCUAUUUCAUUUUCUGUCAUUUCAUUUAUUAAAAUGUAAACGUUUGUUCACAGAUCCUCAGCACUUUCACCACUUACUUCAUUCUAUACAUGCAGCUACAAUCGUGAGGCAUCCACAUGCUCUUGAGACCUCAAAGCAACGUAGUGACCACGAACACGCGCACACCCCUUAGACAAGGGGUAAACUUCACUUUACUUCUACUCAACUUUCUUGAGAAAACUCAGUAAAGUGAGUUCCUUGAGGUACACAAAAUCCUAAGUGUGUAAUGGUGUCUAAGAUUUGAAUCAUAUUUUGGAUUGUAAAAUUCAGGGCUGUUGAGUCGCGUAAAAAUCUACCGACUCCAACUCCGACUUUUCUUUAUCAUCCGACUCCGACUAAAACACCAAAACUC